UUCACAAUGGUGGCUGGGGCUUUCCCAAUUGUGAAAUUAGGAGCUCUUGCUGUGAAACAAUUUAGUAAACCUUUAGCAAAUAGCAUCAAAUCACGGGCAAAAAAGAGUCAUUUCUUCAGAACAUACAUAUGCAUGCCACCAGCGCAACUGUAUAACUGGCUAGAAGUUAAUGUGAAAAUGAGAUUAUUAAACUUGGGGAAGCCGUCAGAAGUACCAAAAUUGAAUGAAAACAUGGCCAUUGAACUUGGAGCUGAAUUACUUGGAGAAACAAUAAUAUUUAGCAUUGCUGCUAUAACUCUCACUGCAGAAUAUAUCAGAUCCUCUAGAAAAGAACGAGAAAAAGAAGAAGCGAGACAAGAGUAUUUUAGCAAUUUAGAAAAAUCAAUCGAAGACCUUAGAUUUACUGUCGAGAAACAACAAGUUGAGAUCAGACAUUUAACAAGAUUGUGUUAUUCUUCUUCAAAACAUAAAGGAGAACAUGAAGAUAAGAAAGAAGGCAAAUCUUGAAAUUAUAUAUAUUCUUGUUUUCUAAGAAAUUAUUUAUUAAAAAUGGGAUAGACAUAAAUUACAAUUUUGAAAUUGAAUAUAUUAAAAGUUAUUGUAGACAAUGUACUAUAAUUUUAA